AUGAGCUCGGUCCAUCAGCGUAUUCUCAAGUGUAUGAGUGAGAUGCUCUUCUCGUUCCGAGCACUCUGUGAAGCUAUCUCGAAAGGAACACGAACGAUCACGGGAGAUUUGGUAAAGAGUACCACACAUAUUUUACAGUAUAAACAAGAGAUUACUCAACAGUUAGAAAUUUUGAUGGAAAAGGAUAAAGAAUUAAAAACUUUGAUCCGAGAAUUAGUGGAGAAUCAACGAUUUCAACAAAAGAUUAAACAAACACAACAAAUAUUGGAAGACAAGGAAUACAAAAUAUCCAAGUUGAGUGAGACUUUGGAAAAUGUUCACUACCGAUUGGGAAGUGCUUUACAUCAGUCAUCUCCGAUAGCAAAAUCCAUCAAGGAAUCUAAAAAUUUAAAUUUGGAUGAUGUCUUUUCGUAUGCAUAUUUCAUUAGCAGGACAACGAGCGAAAUUCCUGCUUUUAAAGAUGCAGAAUUACAAUUACCUCCAUUUCCACCACCAGAACGAUGGCAGUUUUCACUGCUCUAUCCAAACUCAUUGAGAGCUUACAAGAAUAAGUAUUUGGAAGAAAUUAGUGUUGCUGAGAAGGAAUUGAAAGAACAAAAAGUGCCCAAGAUUAAUUUUGAAAAAUUCCAAUUUGAAAGAGACGUCUCCAUGCCACCUGUUCCACAAACUAAGAUUUCUUUGUUCGACGAAGAUAGCGAUGAAGAAUCAUCAGCAGAAGAGUAG